CCGUCCGAGGGGAGCGGGCUCCGCUCGGCGCUACCUUCUGCGACCUGGCCGUCAGCCCCACGUCGCCGGCCUGGAGGGGCGAAGAAGACGAGGGGGCCAAGGCUUCCUGCGGGGACAUUGGCUCUCUGGAUUAUCAGGAGUUUGUAGUUGACAUUGAGUCCAAGCUGAGAAUGGAAGGUGUGGAACUUAAGGAAGAAUGGCAAGAUGAAGAUUUUCCAAUACCUUUACCAGAAGAUGAUAGUAUUGAAGCAGAUAUAUUAGCUGUAACUGGACCAGAGAACCAGCCUGGCUCACUAGAAGUUAAUGGAAAUAAAGUAAGAAAGAAACUGAUGGCCCCAGACAUUAGCCUGACCCUGGAUCCUAGUGAUGGCUCUGUGUUAUCAGAUGAUUUGGAUGAAAGUGGGGAGAUUGACUUAGAUGACUUAGACACACCAUCAGAGAACAGUAAUGAAUUUGAGUGGGAAGAUGAUCUUCCAAAACCCAAAACUACUGAAGUUAUUAGGAAAGGCUCAAUUACUGAAUACACAGCAGCAGAGGAAAAAGAAGAUGGACGACGCUGGCGUAUGUUCAGAAUUGGGGAACAGGACCACAGGGUUGAUAUGAAGGCAAUUGAACCCUAUAAAAAAGUUAUCAGCCAUGGAGGAUAUUAUGGGGAUGGAUUAAAUGCCAUCGUUGUGUUUGCUGUCUGUUUUAUGCCUGAAAGUGGUCAACCUAACUAUAGAUACCUGAUGGACAAUCUCUUUAAGUAUGUUAUUGGCACUUUGGAGCUGUUAGUAGCAGAAAACUACAUGAUAGUUUAUUUAAAUGGUGCAACAACUCGAAGAAAAAUGCCCAGUCUGGGAUGGCUCAGGAAAUGCUAUCAGCAAAUUGAUAGAAGGUUACGGAAGAAUCUAAAAUCUCUAAUCAUUGUACAUCCCUCUUGGUUUAUCAGAACACUUCUGGCUGUUACAAGACCAUUUAUUAGCUCAAAAUUCAGCCAAAAAAUUAGAUACGUCUUUAAUUUGGCAGAACUAGCGGAACUUGUCCCCAUGGAAUAUGUUGGCAUACCAGAAUGCAUAAAACAGUAUGAAGAAGAAAAGUUAAAAAAGAAACAAAAAAGAGUUGAUCAAGAACUUAAUGGAAAACAAGAUGAACCGAAAAGUGAACAGUAAGUUUGGCAAUCUAGUCCAAACAAGACUGAAGAAUGUGCUGAUGAAGCAAUGCUCUGUUUUGCAUUUAUAAUGCAUUUAUUGGCCCUGUUUUUUAUGUAACCUGUUACAAAAUUGACUUGACUUUUUCUUAAUGGACUUUUGUGUAAGGGACUCUUCACUGCUGUAUUGGUUUGCAAAUCUCUUGAAUUUAGUUCUUUACUAGCUAAUUAUAUUGCAAUCAUUUUAUAUUUUAGAUUGCUAAAUAGCAAAGAACCAUACUUUAUGUAAAGCAAUUUUUGCAUUUGUUUAUUGAAUGAUGCAUCUUCUUCAGUAAAAUAUUUAUAUGCCUAACUGGUAAAGGAAAGAGAUAAUAUAUAUUUUUAUGUUUUUGAGCAAUAUUUUUUAAUGUAUACUUGUCUUGUGGAAGAGUAUGCAGGUAAAUAAGACCAUGAUUUUGUAAAGUGCAUGUUAGAAUUUUUGUUUUUGUAAAUGGUUAAAUACAUUUCCUGGGUAGCUUAGAAAAUAAAGUUGCUCAUAAGAUGAGGGACAGUUAAACUGGUUCUCGUGAAUACCCAAAGGUCAUGUACAUAAUCUAAGUAAAUUAGUACCAUCUUAA